AUGUCUCUUGUCUCUGCUACGACCGCCUGUACGACUGCUUCUCCGUUCUAUUCACAAUGCCCUGCGGCCCUUGUGCUUUAUUCUUUCACAUGGACGAUCUUCAUCCUUCUAGUCAUUCGUCCCUCUUCCUGUCCGCAGUCUCUUGCCGUUCUCAAUGUUUAUGAUUCUUAUUGGCUGUUGUAUUGGACAGGCAGUCGUUUUAUUGGUUCAAUUCUACUUGAUAAUUACACGAAGGCGAUUUAUCUUUCUCGGUCAUUCGUCUUUACUCCUCUCCGACGCAUACAGUCAUUAAGCUAUACUGGUUUCAGUCUUUUAUACUUCCACCUUGUUCUUCAACCUGAUUGGUUAAUUGGUCACUCUGUUUUUCUCUACGCCUCCAGUCUACAUUCUGCUUUCACCCUAUCAGCUUUGCCAUCACCACACUAUUCCAGCUCGCUAUGUCUUGACAUGACCACGUUGGUCCAUUUAAAAUUUUCUGUUCUCCCAUUUGCCUAUCCAUCCUGGCUACCCGGUCAGUUGCGCCGACCUGCUUCUCUCAACUACAGACUGCCAUCUUUACCACUCUCUCUCCUCUCAACCCUUGACUCUGCAUUUCAGUCUACUUUCUCUAUAUUUUAUCCAAUCCAUCUUUUCGUGCCUCGUUCUGCCCUGACCGGCUUUGUCAAGCUCUGCCUUGCCCUACCCUGCUUUACCUUGCCCAGCUCUGCCCGGCCCUUGUCGUCUCGGGCUUGCAGGGCUCGAGACAGACGAACCUGCCUAGCUAGUCGCAACUGA